AUGAAGGUUCUUCAUUCCGCGCUGAGUCUCUGUAUACUUCUGACUGUGGCUGUUUCGGUUGCCGAUUCCGAAACUUCUACCGACUUCCCGACAACAACCCCUAAGGUGAGUUUAUAUGUAACAAGGUUAAAUAAAAACAUGAUACUACACAUUUUUCAGUCGUUCCUGGACAAUGUGAUAUUAUUUUUAAAUCUAGUAAGUGAUGCAUUCGGUGCAGCAGUUCGGGUGAAUUUUUUGUGAGCCAAUUUGUAAAAAAAUUCUACCAUAAAUGAAGGCUCCUGGUCAGAAAAAGAGAACACACGUGUUUUCCAUAUUUGUGAUUUUACGGCCAGGCCGGGUCGGAUCGUUGAAAAAUUUUGACGGCUUGGAUAUGAGGCAAACGGAACCAGUUUGAACUAAUAGGGACCCGCUGAUGGAAACUCUUAAUUAUAAACAUCGCGGCAUUUCUCUGCAAUACGAUCUGUUCCUAUUCUGGCCGAGUUUCUCGGCCGCAAAGUAAUUUUUAGUUGUUUUCCACUGAAAAUGUGGCCAAACUUUUCAAACUCGGCCGUUAGGUCAUUGCAAUUUGCACUGCAAAACGAGUUUCUCAACAGAGCGCGAUUGCAGUGAAAUAAAUUAUUGAGUAAUCAGUAUUUCUACAAAUCACCGAACCGAUUUCGUAUGAAUUUUGUUCUGAAUUGAAUUUUUCUCCAGAAUUUUUUACAGAAGGAAUGGAUAAAUACCCUCGAAUGCGCUUAUGAGCUGAUCGAAAACGUAUUGAAGAAUGACACAGCGCUCCAUUUUGUGUUUUACAUAUCCGCCGACGAUGAAGCGCAAUUUAUUACAAUUUUUCACGGUUUUAAAUACAAUUAAGACAUUGAACAUAUACUUUCUCAGAUUUUAUUGCCAAAUUUCCCACUUUCGGUUUCUUUAGGAAUUGUUCUUUAGUGAGUGGACUUUCUUCAAUGUCGAAGUGUAUGAACAAGCAAAUUAAAGGUAUGUAAGUCAUUUGUUAGUUCGAUGUUCUCGUAACUAUUCAACGCUGCGUUUACAAGCUUCGGAGUCCUGCUCAAAGUGUUCCCAACUGAUCUGAAACGUUUUGCGUGAAUAUCUAUCUCAUGGAUCUCUUUACACUAACUAGGGAAUGACCCGCACUUACCUUGGGCUAUUGCAAAAUGGGACCUAUAUGAUUCGAGUUAUGAACUGUUUUCCUAUUGCGACAAGAAAAAUGUUAGUGCUGGGGUCAGAGCGACGAUAACUCGAAAACUAAUUUUUUUAAAAAUAGACGAUCAACUACAAAAUUAUUCACGAGAUAAUUUGCGUCAACUUACUAGUUGACCACUUUUGCAACGGACGCGUGGUUCUUGAGAUACAGGUCGCCGAAGAUGAACUUGCUAGGAAAAUGUGGCAGAAACAGGCAGAUUUUCUCGCCAGCCAGUGAGUGCUCUUUAGCAAAAAUGGAGAGCAGAUUCGGAUUCUUCGUGAAAUUCUCUUUCGAAUCAUAUAGGUCCCAUUUUGCAAAAGUCCAAGGUAAGUGCGGGUCAUUCCCUAGUAAGCCAAUAAUAAGGCAUGAGAUCGUUGCUGCUCCAAGUGAGCUGAUCCGGUGGGCAGAGUACGAGCGAAAUUGCUCAUGAUCUCUGCGAGACUACUCUCAUUUCUAGUCAAAACGUCUAGAGCAAGCGCAAAAAUGGCAUUUUUCAUGUGGGCCCUCGCAGCAACUUCAAAUUCAAAUAACUCGGUAUGAACUGAAACCAGUUUUGUUCGUUGUGUGCCCUCAAAAAUGCCACGUUUUCGUGUAUCUCGAAACACCGAAAAAUUAUUUCGAUGUCCAAUUUGCAGUCUGAUCGGAAACACUUUGGACAGGACUUCCAAUUGUUGUUGAUUAAAUACAAAAAUCUUGACUUCAAUGUUAUUCGGCUCAACUUUUUUAGCUUAUCUGCAAAUAUUGCAAAAAGCAUUUUCAGCGCUGCAAACACUUGUGUUGGAGGAAAAUAAAAGGGUCAAAAAUUUUCUGAAUGAACUGCUAACACAGGAAAGGAAUAAAUUCCGUGAAUGCCUAAAUUCCGUGUCAUAAUUUACUGCUUUUGUGAAUAAAAAAUACAUAUAUUCAGAUGAACUUUUGUUUUUCGAAUGAAAAAGCUUAACGGAGGCCUGUCAAAAAAUAGCAAUGAAAGUUAUUUCAAUUUUAAAAAAGAUUUGGAUAAAGAUUAUCCAGAACAACUUCUUGGCACAGCACCAGAAACUUGCCGGGGUGCUAGAACACUCCUCUUCCCGUGUACUUCUCGUGGUCUUUUUCAGAUUCAUAAACAAAACUCAAUUUCAUCGUUACUCACUUGUGAGCUUCACCUGUCUUUUGGUUUUUGCCUUCUCUUGUGCACAUUGCCACGCCCAUUUGUGCCUCGAAGGAAGCAAGAUUUAUUGAGGCGCUCAAUCGGGGGAAUCAAACAGAAAUGUAGGACAACUGCAUGUCCGCUUCCCCCGCGUUCGCUCUUUUCCGCUGGAAAUAUCUGACAACGGACUGUUGGUCGCUGAGAAAAACGGCGAGAAUCCAGAUGAACGGGGAGUAUAACGCGUUCAUCAGACUCGCACGAACUGUGCUCACACUUCCAUAACUGUCGAUGUGUGUUAUUGUGGUCAUCUGGAAACAAAAACGCAUUCUGUGGUGUUCCUCUCAACGUCGAGAAACGGACUGUCGAGAGGCCGACUUGAAGAAGACCGUUCAGGAAAUAACAGAUUUUGGCAGAGGAUACAAAUUCUCGCUCUUUCACAACUAUCCACCACACAAACCAGAUCAAUAGUCCCAGCCAAGCGAGAAUCAGCAUAGCCGUAUCCAUCACACUUAUUCUCUGUAAAAAAGACACUAUUAGAAAUAAAGUACAUCUUUCAAAAUACCACUCUAAACGUGUCCGUUUCGAGUUCAAGUGAGUACAUCACUUCAACGGACAAAUCAAUAAUGAAAAUAACUAGGAUACUGAUCAUGAACAAAGUGAGAGAUCGUCCUUUUAGAGCAUAUCCAUGAAAACGAAUAUAGUCCGAGUCGUUUGUGAAUAAAUGAUGAAUUUGUAUCAUGAUGAAAGCGAUGGCCAUGUUCCAGGAAACUAGAGCAAAAAGGCAGCCAAAGUAUUCAACUGCGAACGUAGCGAUGAAAACUAGAAUUGGGCGCGUCAACGUUCUCAACAUAUUGGGUAUCAAUGUGUGAGCAAUGAAUAUUGUGAGCCACCAGUACAUGAGCCUAUGCUGAUAGCGAAGCGUUUUGAAGUUGUGCGUCUAGAAAAGUACUUUCAACUGAUUAGGGACCAACAAUAUCACCUUUUUCCUCAACAUCAUCCAGAAAUAUAAUAGAGUCAUAGCUGCGGCAAAUACAAAAUGAUACUUUUCGUUCACCUCAACAGUUCCGAUCAAAAUAUCACGGUUCUCUUGAGUGUUCGACAAAUUCGAGGAUUUUUUAUUGGAAACAAAACUCCAUUUCAUCGCUACUCACUUGUGUUGCCUGUGUGUGUGCAAGUAGUUUCAAAUAUUUUCAGCUUCACCUGUCUUCUGGUUUUUGCCUUCUCUUGUGCAUACUGCUGUUUCCCCUUAGUUGGCCACGCCCAUUUGUGCACAACGGGCUCUUGCACAGUUUCAGGCAUGUUUUCAAAACAUCAUAUAAAUUUUCAUGAUGCACGUAGGUGAACCAGGAACAAACAUCCGAGAGAUCUCAAUAGCGUGAGAUACAACAUUGUUGUUCUGUGAGCUGAAGCAAAGAUCAUGAUCAUGAAAUUCUUUGUUAAGCUCCUCGACCAAAUUACAGUUUGCUAGAUAGUUGAAGUCCGUCCUGAAUAUGGUGGAUGUAUGCAAAACGAAAGAGGAACGGUCCAUCCAAGGCGAAGCGAGAGUUUAGCAGAGUUGAGCGGAAGAACUCAACGGAAGAACACGGAAGAAUUUUUAUAUUUUUUAGAAAAUUUUUUCAUGGAAUGUGAUCAACUGACGAAAUGUAUAGCAAAGUGAACUCUGCGCAUAGAAAAAUAAUUGUACAUUUAGCUUUUUAUACAAAAAGGUUAUAUUCGAGUUGUUCCGUUGGACCUUUUUUUCACGGAACAACUCGAAUAACUUUUUUGAAUGAAUCGCUAAAUUUACAAUUAUUUUUCUAUGCGCAGAGUUCACUUUGCUAUACAUUUUGUCAGUUGAUCACAUGCCAUGAAAAAAUUUUCUAAAAAAUAUAAAAAUUCUUCCGUGUUCUUCCGUUGAGUUCUUCCGCUCAACUCUGGUGUUUAGCUUUCAAUUCACUUUACCUUUUUAGCAAAAAUGGAGAGCAGAUUCGGAUUCUCCGUGAAAUUCUCUUUCGAAUCAUAUAGGUCCCAUUUUGCAAAAGCCCAAGGUAAGUGCGGGCCAUUCCCUAGUAAGCCAAUAAUAAGGCAUGAGAUCAUUGCUGCUCCAAGUGAGCUGAUCCGGUGGGCAGAGUACGAACGAAAUUGCUCAUGAUCUCUGCGAGACUACUCUCAUUUCUAGUCAAAACGUCUAGAGCAAGCGCAAAAAUAGCAUUUUUCAUGUGGGCCCUCGCAGCAACUUCAAAUUCAAAUAACUCGGUAUGAACUGAAACCAGUUUUGUUCGUUGUGUCCUCAAAAAUGCCACGUUUUCGUGUAUCUCGAAACACCGAAAAAUUAUUUCGAUGUCCAAUUUGCAGUCUGAUCGGAAACACUUUGGACAGGACUUCCAAUUGUUGUUGAUUAAAUACAAAAAUCUUGACUUCAAUGUUAUUCGGCUCAACUUUUUUAGCUUAUCUGGAAAUAUUGCAAAAAGCAUUAUCAGCGCUGCAAACACUUGUGUUGGAGGAAAAGAAAAGGGUAAACAAUUUUCUGAAUGGGGAACUGCUAACACAGGAAAUGAAUAAACUCCGUGAAUGCCUAAAUUCCGUGUCAUAAUUUACUGCUUUUGUGAAUAAACAAUAUAUUCAGAUGAACUUUUGUUUUUCGAAUGAAAAGGCUUAACGGAGGCCUGUCAAAAAAUAGCAAUGAAAGUUAUUUCAAUUUUAAAAACGAUUUGGAUAAUGAUCAUCCAGAACAACUUCUUGGCACAGCACCAGAAACUUGCCGGGGUGCUAGAACACUCCUCUUCCCGUGUACUUCUCGUGGUCUUUUUCAGAGUCAUAAACAAAACUCCAUUUCAUCGUUACUCACUUGUGAGCUUCACCCGUCUUUUGGUUUUUGCCUUCUCUUGUGCACAUUGCCACGCCCAUUUGUGCCUCGAAGGAAGCAAGAUUUAUUGAGGCACUCAAUCAGGGGAAUCAAACAGAAAUGUAGGACAACUGCAUGUCCGCUUCCCCCGCGUUCGCUCUUUUCCGCUGGAAAUAUCUGACAACGGACUGUUGGUCGCUGAGAAAAACGGCGAGAAUCCAGAUGAACGGGGAGUAUAACGCGUUCAUCAGACUCGCACGAACUGUGCUCACACUUCCAUAACUGUCGAUGUACGUUAUUGUGAUCAUCUGGAAAAAAAACGCAUUCUGUGGUGUUCUUCAACGUCGAGAAACGGACUGUCGAGAGGCCGACUUGAAGAAGACCGUUCAGGAAAUAACAGAUUUUGGCAGAGGAUACAAAUUCUCGCUCUUUCACAACUAUCCACCACACAAACCAGAUCAAUAAUCCCAGCCAAGCGAGAAUCAGCAUAGCCGUAUCCAUCACACUUAUUCUCUGUAAAAAACUAUUAGAAAUAAAGUACAUCUUUCAAAAUACCACUCUAAACGUGUCCGUUUCGAGUUCAAGUGAGUACAUCACUUCAACGAAAAAAUCAAUAAUGAAAAUAACUAGGAUACUGAUCAUGAACAAAGUGAGAGAUCGUCCUUUAAGAGCAUAUCCAUGAAAACGAAUAUAGUCCGAGUCGUUUGUGAACAAAUGAUGAAUUUGUAUCAUGAUGAAAGCGAUGGCCAUGUUCCAAGAAACUGGAAAAAAAAGGCAGCCAAAGUAUUCAAUUGCGAACGUAGCGAUGAAAACUAGAAGAGAGCCCGUCGAAGUUCUCAACAUAUUGGGUAUCAAUGUGUAAGCACUGAAUGUUGUGAGCCACCAGUACAUGAGCCUAUGCUGAUAGCGAAGCGUUUUGAAGUUGUGCGUCUAGAAAAGUACUUUCAACUGAUUAGGGACCAACAAUAUCACCUUUUUCCUCAAGAUCAUCCAGAAAUAUAAUAGAGUCAUAGCUGCGGCAAAUACAAAGUGAUACUUUGCGUUCACCUCAACAGUUCCGCUCGAAAUAUCACGGUUUUCGUGAGUGUCCGACAAAUUCGAGGAUUCUGUAUCGGAAACAAAACUCCAUUUCAUCGCUACUCACUUGUGUUGCCUGGGUGUGUGCAAGUAGUUUCAAGUAUUUUCAGCUUCACCUGUCUUCUGGUUUUUGCCUUCUCUUGUGCACAUUGCCACGCCCAUUUGUGCACAACGGGCUCUCCGGGAAGACCAGGAAGAAACAUCCGAGCAUCAUGUUCGUGCUCAUGAAAUCUUUUGCCUUGUCACAGUCUCCAGAGCUUACAAUGGGCGCGCAAGUGCGCCCCGCCCAAUAGAGCGAUACAUUGGCGCGAAAUUCAAAUUUUAACAGCCAAAUUUGUGUUUUUUGCCAGAUUAGCCACAAAAAAUCGAUAAUUUCUCAUUUGUCUCUCGAUAGACUGAUUGUAUAGGCCAUUACGAAUUUUUUAAGCGCAAGAGCGUUAAAUUUGGUCAAGUCGCAAAUCAAAUUUAUCCGUUUGAAAGUUUUUGGCUAAAAAUGCGUGAAUUUCAGUUGCUUUUCGAUAGUUUUAGCGGUUGGAGCGCUCAAAAUGCUUGUAUUUACGUGAUUUAUCAUUCUCAAAACCAAUUCUGUUCGAAAACGGUCAGGAAAGCGCAAAAUCGGCGAAAAAUGCGCCAAGCAGUCGGCGAAAAAUGCGCCAAAACGUCAUUAAUUCGCGCCCAUAUUGUCAGCUCUGGAGACUGUGUUGUGCUCUCUUCAACAGGUGUAAUAGUGCAUCACUACGGACGUCAGCUCGAGUUCAGCAGAGUUUUCUUCAAAACCUUCGCGACAGGUGCUUCUAUGAGCUCCCUCAGCACGCCUCCGGCUCAAUUUAUUCGGCCAAAUGCGAUUUCACGCGACUACCGCCCAAAUCGUCAGCAACAUCGACCUAUUGGAUCAUAUUCGAGACUUUCGCACCAUCUACUUCCACAUGGUCAUUCCGUUUCUGCUCUUAAUGCUCUACAUGCGAAUGAUGUUUCUGAAAAAGACGAGCCAGUUCACUAGUUACUUUCAUCUUCACAUCAUAAUGUUCGUGUUUGUGCUCACCUCGGCGCUGACUUUGGCCUUUGUCAACUCUUUUCAACUGGACCACUCUCAGUUUCUAUUGUUUUUCGCGUUUUUCGAGUUGACUGCACUUGAAGCCACAGUUUUCACCUACAAUUUUCUCUUGUACGCAGAGUAUCUCGAAAUAUGCCGAUGUUGUGGGUACAAGUACGAUAAGUGCGUGUUUUUUUUGGGGUCUAGAUCAGGGUUGAGCGGAAGAACACGGAAGAAUUUUUAUCUUUUUUAGAAAAUUUUUUCAUGAAAUGUGAUCAACUGACGAAAUGUAUAGCAGAGUGAACUCUGUUCAUAGAAAAAUAAUUGUACAAUUAUUUUUCUAUGAGCAGAGUUCACUUUGCUCAACAUUUCGUCAGUUGAUCACAUUCCAUGAAACAAUUUUCUAAAAAAGAUAAAAAUUCUUCCGUUGAGUUCUUCCGCUCAACUCUGGUCUAGAUAUUGUAAGACUAUGGUUUUGCAGAAAAAAAUGCAUGAUAACCGUGUUCACAAUAAUCCUGUUGCCUUUGAGAAAGUUCUCUGUGUAUUAUGUGCUCGAGUUUGAGAGUUUCAACUUGGUAAGUUUUUGAAAACUCUUUGCUUUUCCACGAAGAUUUGUUUUUUUUUUUCAGAGACUCGACAUGACUGACAUCUACCUGCUCAUCUUCAAAUGGCUCAUUCUGCUCGUCUGGCUACUCUCGUGGAUUCUGUGCAAAAAGCGAAAAUAUCUGAAUCAACUCAAAAUCGACUAUUUUGUGAAUGGAAUUGUGAGCGCCACAAUUUCCACGGUAUUCACAUAUUGUCGCUCUGGAAAUUGUGCUCGAGAAACUCGAUUUCUUUAGCUCCUUCUCUUCACACCAUUGCUCAUAGAACAAGUCCAAUUUGGCGAGGAGUCGAACGAAAAAGCCGAGCACAGUGUGGCUGUGAACACGAUUUUCAUGUCAAUCUAUCAGCCGUUCGUGUGGAUCCUGGCCGCCUAUUUCAGCUAUCUCAAGUCGAUUAUUGCGCUGUUUCAGACAAAAGAGACGGCCGUGAUGGCUUUCCGAAUGUCGUAUAUACCAUGUUGA